CCUACUUCGUAGAGUUUGGCACAAAACUAUAUAACAAUAACAAAGUCCAGCCUUGUUCAACACAAACCUUGUACACACACAAUUACUGCGGUGUGCUGUGUUCACCUAAACCGGUCAAAAAGUAAUCUUCAUCUUCCUCAUCAUCACGAUUCGACAAACCACAUUUCGAGACCUAGCAAUUCCGAAGUACCUAGGUACCGCGCUAGCCAGCUCAAGUACGCAGGCAUCUUCCUCGCAACUAAUGUUUGCGCCUUCUUUCCACACCGUCGUAUUACUUUUUUCCCUUCUACAACAACUUUUAUCAUCAACCGCGCUCUCAUCCCACGUCACCACCGCCAUCGCAACCGACAUAUUGUAAUCCUGCCAUGAUGGCGACCGCGGCGCCCCGCCCGGAAAUCGACUUCGCUGCUUUGGGUUAUGGACCAGCUCCUGCUACCCAGAACGGCGCUCAGAACGGCGCUUCGAACGGUGCUUCAAAUGGCGCCCAGGAUGGUGCCCCCGAUGAAGAAGAGUACAAGGAGAAUCUCAACAAGCGAUUAAAAUGUCCCGACUGUAAAGAAGACCCUCCCAAUCUUGUCGAAGAGUUUUCGUCGGGCGAUAUGGUGUGUGGCUCCUGCGGCCUGGUUCUUGGCGAUCGUAUCAUCGAUACGCGAAGUGAAUGGCGUACUUUUGCCAAUGACGAUCAAGGCAAUGACGAUCCAUCUCGUGUCGGUGACGCUCUUAAUCCUCUCCUAAACGGCUCCCAACUUGAGACCGGUAUCGCUUUCGGCGAGGGCAUGCGCGCGCGCGAGCUGCAUCGCGCCCAGAACCGAGCCGUCAACGACAAGGCCACGAAAACCCUCUUAGCCGCGUACCGUGAGAUAAGCAAUCUUUGUGAAGCUAUUAGCAUUCCAAAGACUACUCAAGAUUCUGCCAAGCAUAUCUUCAAACUGACCGAGGAUAACAAAUUGUUCAAAGGCAAGCCACAAGAGGCUGUCAUCGCUGGGUGUAUCUUCGUCGCAUGCCGCCAGUCCAAAGCUCCGAGAACUUUUAGGGAAAUCUAUUCAUUGACCAAAGUCUCGAAGAAGGAGAUCGGCCGCACGUUUAAGGCGCUUGAGAAAUUCCUGCAGAGCAACCGCGAAGCGAACACGAGCGGGUCGUUCCUCAUGGUCGAGAACUGGGAAGCCACCGGUACGACCGGCGCGGCUGAGCUAUGUGCUCGAUACUGCAACAACCUCCUCUUUAAGAAUCCUCACCUUAUGGAGAAGAUCUCCAAGACCCUGGCGGAGAAGAGUUCGUCUCUAAAGGACCUUGCGGGUCGAUCUCCGCUAUCAAUUGCGGCCGCCUCUAUCUACAUGGCGUCCCAUCUCAUGGGUGAUCCGAAGACAUCUAGAGACAUCGCGCAUGUGGCUGGCGUUAGUGACGGCACCAUUAGAACUGCGUAUCGUCACAUGUAUCCAUCCCGUGAAGAACUGGUCGAGAAAGAUUGGCUUGCGCCGAAGGGCACCGGACGCAUGGAUAGACUCCCCGUGAACUAGGGGUCCGGAGACCGACGUGCCCGAAAGUGCGCUCAGUGGCAGGCGGAGAAAGCCC